AUGCGCUGGUCAAGUGAAGCUAUCACUCGUAAGGUUCACCCAGAAAAUGAUCAUUCUAAGACAUCACUUAGUAAACUAGAGACUUCAGAUCAUUCAGCUGCAUUGAGAGGGUCUCAUUUGGUCAUCACUCACAAGCUUAAUGGUCUCUCUGGUUACAGGUAGAUAGUUUAGCCUCGCAAAUUCGGGUCCGCUGCUCUCAAAUUGACCUUUGAUGCUAUACAGUGCGAGUGUGAAGUGAAAUCUUUUGAUGCGCAUUUGCAGACUUCGAACUUGUGAUGGCAGAUCAGUUGACAGGUUUAGUCAUACAACAAAGGUAAUCUGCGACCAGGUGUUUCUUCCCGCGAAGAGCCAACAUCUUGUAGCAGAUUAACAGGGAAAAAUGGGACAAACCACACGCCAUAGACUAGAUCGUUUACAAAUCGUAAGCGUAGGAAGUCUUCGAGACCAAUCUACGACGCAGUUUCAUCGUUGAAGGAGCACAAACAAGCCGUAAUGCUCUUAGAAGAGUUAGUAGCCUGCGAAGUAAUCACGAGAAUGCUGUUAGGCCGAAUAUUUCGGGGACACACAUGUGAAGGCCCACCAUACCUUUAUUUGCGCGUCCCUGAAUGGCAUUCAGGUGAAAACAUCGAAGGUUAUAGAUAGUAUUUCAUGAGCAACACGAAAGUAGCAGGAGAGGAUACUCUGGCGUGACAUUGUUGACACUUAGACGAUCUGGUUUGUCUUUCUGUUAAUUUUGCCUCGCUGGAGGGUUUUCUUCUUAGGAAGUCCUGCAUUGCACUACGCAGGCACAGAUCGUCUACAAAUGAUAGGCGUAUGUAGUCUUCACGCCGACCGUUCGUGGAUAUUGGUUUAUUCGCCUUCCAGAGCUCGAGUCAUCAGCAAUGUUCUACCUCUAA